GUCCCGCCUCCAUCUCAGUCCGGGUAGAAACCAGAGACGUUCUUGCUUCAACAGUGUUUGAACGGAGCUCCUUCUUUCGUCCCGCUUCGCUUCCGUGUUUCACUUCACUCCUCGGAACCAGAACCUGCUUCUACUUGAACUCCACUCGAGCAACUCACCGCAGAACUUUAUUUUUCUACCGUUUUGAUAAGAAAACAACUCACCAGCCAAGAUGGAGUCUCAAGUGCGUCAGAACUACCACCCGGAGUGCGAGGCCGCCAUCAACAAGAUGGUCAACAUGGAGCUGUUCGCCUCCUACACAUACACAUCCAUGGCCUUCUUCUUCUCCCGUGAUGACGUGGCCCUCCCCGGCUUCGCCCACUUCUUCAAGGAGAACAUCAGCGAGGAGCGGGAGCACGCCGAGAAGCUGAUGUCCUUCCAGAACAACAGAGGAGGACGCAUCUUCCUCCAGGACGUCAAGAAGCCGGGUCGUGAUGAGUGGGGCAGCGGCCUGGAGGCCAUGCAGGCGGCUCUGCAGCUGGAGAAGAGCGUCAACCAGGCUCUGCUGGACCUGCACAAACUGGCGGCCCAGCACAACGACCCUCACCUGUGUGACUUCCUGGAGACCCACUACCUGAACGAGCAGGUGGAGGCCAUCAAGAAGCUGGGCGACCACAUCAGCAACCUCACCCGCAUGGACGCCAACACCAACAAGAUGGCGGAGUACCUGUUUGAUAAGCACACCCUGGGCGGCUCCAGCUAAACGCACAGCACCAGGAGGGAGGAGCUGAACUCGGCUGAGAAGAAUCUGUAUCACUCCUCUUCCUCUUGUGGCACUUUACAUCAGAACUUCUGUUUGUCAGAAUAAACAUUUUGAGCUGGA